AUGACGAGAAUUCCGAGUCUCCGGAUUGGACUGUUAGCAGCUGCGAUCCUCUCUUCGACAACAUGUCACUCAAGCCUACUUGAAAAUGACUCAAGACUUGAAAGUAUUGCAAGCUCCGUUACAGAAACCUCUCGCUUAUUGAGCAAACAAGCAUUGAUUGCUUACGGCCGACCCCCAAACACUGGAGGUUCUUCUAAUGUAGAUGAUUCUGAGGAAGAGAAUGCGGGAAAUGUAGGAGAUAUGGACGAUACUAAUGAUAUGAGCGAACAGGAAUCUAAUGUUGAUUUUGAUCGACCCUCAAACACAGGCUCGAGUUUUGAUUUUGACGAAGGCAAGGAGAAAGAUCAAAAGGGAGGCAUGGCCGACAUGAUGCUAGUGCCGGUACUAGGUCCGGAAUGCGACGUUGCUGUCAAUAUUGGUUGUAUUGGUUCGAACGACAUUCAAUGCGAUCAACUUCAAGUACCAUCAACGCAGUGCUCAAUAGGACGAGACGUCAUGAACCUAGGGAUUAAAUUAAUUAGCUCUGACUGUCACCAGAGUCGAACAACUCAGAAUGAACAUUUUGCGUGUGAAAGAACAGAUAUUCCAAUGCCAGAUGACGGGGCUGUGGUUGAGGUCAUCUGCUACGAUAUGUGGGGAUGGGAGCAAAUCAUCCAAGCUUUUGCUUUUGUAGGGGAAACAGAAAUCAAUCUUCAAAAAGGCGACGGGGACCUGCCUGAUACAGUAAUGUGUAUUCUGAGAGAUAACGAGGGGAAUGAAAUUCAAAGAGUGAAAUUCGAUACCAGCGGCACAGUUGACUUAUUUCUGAAGAAUGCGUUUGGAAUGAUUCAACUUGAAUCCUGUACAGUACGGGAUCGUCCCACACAGUCAUGCAAAAUGCCAGUGCAGUACAGCUAUACCGUUUCAAACCAAGGGCUAGCUCCACUAUCCUUGAUGAAAGUUGAGAGGAGUCGAAACUCCAACGUUGUUGAUCUCACACCUCUUGCACCAGUAAUAGAAUUGCGCGCUGGAGAGGGUACUCCUGGUGAGGCUACCUCGGUGGUUGAAGAUGACAUAUUGGAUCUCUGUAUUCCUGAGGUUUAUGAGACAACCGUAACAGCAUCGAGUGAUUCCUUACAACGAGGAACGCCUUGUUUCGAUUUUGCAGCUUUAGCGUUUCAAUUUCCCGGUAUUGGGCACAUGGACAUUGCCAUCAAUUGUCUAUCUGCAGAUGGACUGAACUGCACGAACCUUGGUCAAAAAGCAGAGAAUUGUUGGACUCCCAUUACUUACACUUUCGAUGUGAAGAACGUUGGGACGACAGACCUGAUUAUCACCUAUGUGGAAGUGCUCCAGAAGGGAAACGAGCUCGAUAUGGCAAGCUUCUUUCUGGAUAACAAAAUCCUACCAACUGAGAAGACAAGAGUUAAUUAUGUGGACAACGUCAACUUGUGUGUUGAAGGGGAUUAUGAAACGACAGUAACUGUCAAAGCCGAGUCUGUCGUAAAUGGCACGACAGAGGUUUGGGAAAACUAUGAGAGUUAUCCCUUUGAAAUCAAGUUUACACCAUUCCCAACGGGAGCACCAACCACUGCACACCCAAGUCGGCUACCUUCAGCGACUCCAACUAAUAAUCCGACGCCCAUACCAUCGGCAAUUCCAUCUGUGCAACCAGCCACCAAUGCACCGACUCAACCCCCGACACCAAUAUUUUCUUCAACUCCUACUAUGGCUCCAAGUCAAAAUCCAACUUUGACGUCGAGUGAGAAUCCAACCUUAAUAUCGAGUGGAAAUCCAACUUUGAAGUCGAGUGAAACUCCCACUUCAGCGUCUAGUCAAAAUCCAACUUUGUCGUUGAGUCAAAAUCCGACGUUGAUGUCGAGUGAAACUCCCACUUCAGCGUCUAGUCAAAGACCAACUUUGUCGUCGAGUCAAAAUCCGACAUCAGUGUUGAGUGGAAGUCCCACUUCAGCUUCUAGUCAAAGUCCAACUUUGUCGUCGAGUCAAAAUCCAACGUCAGUGUCGAGUGGAAGUCCCACUUCAGCGUCUAGUCACAAUCCGACUUUGUCGUCGAGUCAAAAUCCGACGUCAGUGUUGAGUGGAAGUCCCACUUCAGCUUCUAGUCAAAGUCCAACUUUGUCGUCGAGUCAAAAUCCAACGUCAGUAUCGAGUGGCAGUCCCACUUCAGCGUCUAGUCAGAAUCCGACUUUGUCGUCGAGUCAAAAUCCGACGUUGAUGUCGAGUGAUGGCUCGACAAACCUUGUCACAUCGGUACCAACCCCUCUUCCGACGACUUCAAUGUCAAGUGGAGACUCUGUUUCGAUGGAAAAUUGGACACCAAGUGCCAGACCUUCACAGUCGGCGUCGAUUACCCCAAGUUUGGAGGACAGCACGAACCCAUCGCAAGAAUUGUCUUCAAGUCCAACCGUCUCACAAAGCAAUAGGCCUACUGUCACUUCUAGCACACGUCCAACCGACGUAGUAUCGGCACUUCCUUCAACUGUUAUAAGUGCCUCACCAACUUCCAACCCGACUUCAACGAGAAACAAUAUCGCACCGCUUAUCCCAAGUGAUGACCCAACAAGUCUACCGACCAAAAACCCGUCGAAGCAACCCACGGAGUUUCCCACCUCAAGCCCGACGCAUGCGCCAAGCGCAAUCCCAUCAUUCGUGCCAACGAUAUCCCCAUCUGCAAUCCCUUCAGAUUCACCAACUCAGAAUCCAACAGAGCAAUGCACACUGCGGUUCGACUUAGCUUGCAGCGCACCCGUAGAACUUUCGCCAGAUGGUUCGUGUACUUUCAUCUACAACCAGCCUACUGCUUGUCAGGAGCAACCAUCAAGGUUGAAGAUGCGGUACAAUGGUGGUGACUGCACACAUAGUUCAAAUCUGCAGGGGAAUACAUUCUUUAGUUGUGAGGAUUUUGGACCCAGCAAUGAUGGUCCUUCAAAUCAAGAUGGGUCAAUUGCAUUCAUUAGAGUCGUUGAUUAUGAUGACAAGACUGCAAUUAGAUUUGACGGCUUUGUCCGAGUCGGCGAAGAUGUCGUCAUCAAUGGGAUGGGAUCGAACUUGAACGUCACUGUGUAUGACCCAAAAUCUCUUUCAACUUCGGCGGAAAUCAUGAAACCAGAAAACAUUCUUCAGACACUUGUUUUUCACACGACAUGUCCUGUACCAAUAAGUAAUCUGUUUCUGAAGGAUAGAUUUGGUUCUAUCCAAAUUGUUGAAUUCGAAAACGCACUUCAGGGUGUAGUAUCCUGCUUUCAAGAACUGACACUCAAUGUUGAGAUCAGUAGUGACUUUGAAGUCGAUCUUUUGUCAACAAAUAUUGUGAGCAAUAUUGGCAACGAUUUCUUUGGCAUCUACAACCUUACGGACGAAGCCUCCGGAGUUAGAAUCAACAAAUCACAGUCUUUUCGUGCUACACAGAAGGUUACGAUCGACCUUGUUCGGAGAAAAGCCUAUUCGGCACAGGGUGUUGUAGUUGGCAAGAGGACUCUAGGCAAUGGGUGCUACGGUUCUGGUAUGACUACAUUUACGGCAGGGGCGCCGCUGCCCCCUUCAAUUCCAACUCUACCACCAACAGUUGUCCCAUCAGCGUCUGCUGCCCCCUCUACAGACCCGCUGUUCACGAGGUGUGACUUGGAAGCUACCAUAAGUUGUACAAGAAGUGAUGGCGGAUCAUGUGGCGCAUUGAAAGCCCCAGUCGAGACAACUUGUAUUGGAGAAAGCGCCAAAGAGCUUUCAUUUACCUACAUUCCAUCAUCAAACUGCAACGAAACAAAGUCGCAAGAUCGAUUUAUAUGCAAUGAUGCAAACCUUGCUUUGAAACGCCCAUUCACUAGUUUCGUUCGAAUAUUUCGAGGAACUGAUAUAUUUUACGAAGGCGCUGUAUCGGCUGGACAACUGUUUCGGGUACCAUUGCCUAUGAACACCAAGGAAAUUGAAGCUGCACUAUUCACAGUAUCGUCUGCUGAAUCUGCUGGAACGCUCUUGGAGCAAAUGCAGCUGAGCGUUGCGUGCAGAGAGAAGGACGGCUUAACUCUUCUACAGAAGUAUGGCCAUUUGCAACUAAAUGGGUUUGUGAACGAAGAUAUGGGGAGUCAACAGAUAUUUGCAAAUCUUGACUUGACAUACACAGUUCAAAACAAAGGAAUCUUCGACGCGCUUUUGACAACAGCAACAACCGACAGCCCAUUCACUGGGAUCGGUGAUGAAGUCCUUCCUACCAAUGCUCCAAGACGGCUAAUAGCGUCAGACGACACCGUAUCGUUCACUGAAACUGCUACUGUCAAUCUUGUUGCAGCGGCUGGACAAGACUUUGAUUUCUUUUUUGAAAUUGCCGGUGUGAGUACAUUCAAUAACUUCGUCUGUUCCGAUAUUGGUGAACUUUCCCUUCAAAUUUUAUAG